AAACAGCCCCCUUCUAAGAACCACAUUUCCCAGGAUGCAACGCUACAGAGUUGUGUAAGUUUCCAGCGUCUUCUAAGAGAAACACUUCCACUCAACCAGAGGCUCGGGCGGCCGAAGAGGAAAACAAAACUUUAGUAAAAAGAAAUAAUCGCAGAAUCAAUCAAUAUUUCAUCAGCGAAGAGGCGUAACAAGGCGCCGAACCUUCGGAAAUAAUUGGAGGCGGACUAAAGCGGGGAACUCGGAAAGCAGGGGGGAUUUAAGAAAGCGAGAGAAGAGGGCCUGUAAAAAUGUCCUCUGCUUCACAGGCAUCCUCCAGGCGGCAAUGGUGCUACCUCUGCGAUUUGCCCAAGAUGCCUUGGGCGAUGAUCUGGGAUUUUAGCGAGGCCGUGUGCCGCGGGUGCGUGAAUUAUGAAGGGGCUGACAGAAUCGAGUUUCUCAUCGAGACCGCCCGGCAGCUUAAGAGAACACAUGUCAUGCAGGAUGGUAGAUCUCCUGGCCCUCAGCCAGGAAAACACGGCCCAGGUGGAAAGGACGGGCCCAUGGAGGGUGGAAGACAGCCCGCCGAGCGUUUCGAGAGAGGAAGAGGAGAAUAUGGGGUGUCCUCCAGGCUCCCGAAUGGCAUCCCCAGACAGGAGGAUGGGGGACCCCCAGAAGUAAGCAGGCAGAGCCCUAAUGCCAGGAGAGCUAUGGUGGGGCCCGUCCCUCCAAACCUCAUGACCCCAGGCUUGGUCGGGACCCCCCAUGGCUUGCUGGCUGCUGUCCCAGGCCUGAACUCUAGGGGCGCCGCGACGCCGCUUACCAUCACCGGCCCCAUCCUGAACGAGAUCAGCAAGCGGCAGGCCAUGAGCAUGGGCAUGGGCGUGGCCUCCUUCAUGAGCCCCGACUUCGAGAAGGAGCUGAAGGAGAAGCAGCGGAACGCCGAGGCGCUGGCCGAGCUGUCGGAGAGCGUGCGCAACCGCGCCGACGACUGGGCCGGCCGCCCCAAGGCCGUGCGCGACUCCCUGCUGGCCCUCUCCAGCUGCACGCCCUUCAACGUGCGCUUCAAGAAGGACCACGGCCUGGUGGGGCGCAUCUUCGCCUUCGACGCCAAGCCCGGGCUGGAGUUCGAGCUGAAGAUCUUUGCCGAGUACCCCUGCGGCUCGGGCAACGUCUUCUCCAGCGUGCUGGGCCUGGUCAAGCAGAUGUUCCACGACUGCCAGAAAGACACGGGCAACAAGGCCAUCAACUCAGGCUUCAAGUAUGUGGAGUAUGAGAAGCGGCACGGCUCGGGCGACUGGCGGCUCCUCUCCGAGCUGCUCGGUGAGGGCGUGCGGGCCUUCAAGGACGCCCCGGCGCCCGACGCCCUCCCCCAGCCCUACCUGGACGCCAGCUGCUCCAUGCUCCCCACCGCUCUCUGCAACAUGAGCCGCGCCGCCCCGCCCCGCAUGCGCCGGCGCAAGACCUCCCCGGAGCCCGAGAGUGCCGACAAGAUGAUGCCGGAGGAGCAGCUGCGGCAGCACUGGCCCCCGCCGGUGGGCGGGAUGUACCCGGGCAUGGCCCACCUCCCCGCCCCAUCCCUGCCCGGCGCCGGCCAGCCCCCGCCCCUCCAGGAGGGCGCCACCUCCCACAGCGACCCCUCGCCCAUCUCGGCGCUCAUGAGCGUGGCCGACAACCUGGGCGGGGCCGGGCAGUCGCCGAAGGACGCCCCGGGUGGGGGUGGCGGCGGGAUGGCGCACUCCUCGGCGGCCGGGCGGCAGAGCAGCAGCAGCCCCUCGGCGGCGUCCCCUGCUGGCCAGCAGCAGCAGCAGCAGCAGCAGCGCCGCCUAGCCUCGCGCAACGGCGAGCCGCACGGGGGCGGCGCCAGCGGCGGCAGCUCGUCCGGCGGGGCCGGCUCCGCCGCGCUCCCCAUUGCCGCCUCCGCCGCCGGCGACCAGGGCCCUGUGGCGGGCGGGGAGUCGUCCGGCGGGGCCGGGGGCGCCCCGCUCUGCUGCACCAUCUGCCACGAGCGGCUGGAGGACACCCACUUCGUGCAGUGCCCCUCCGUGCCGGGCCACAAGUUCUGCUUCCCCUGCACGCGGGACUUCAUUCGGGGCCAGGGCGCCGGCAGCGAGGUGUACUGCCCCAGCGGGGAGAAGUGCCCCCUGGUGGGCUCCAACGUGCCCUGGGCCUUCAUGCAGGGGGAGAUCUCCACCAUCCUGGCUGGGGACGUGAAGGUGAAGAAGGAACGCGACCCCUAACUGCGACGGGGGGCCCCCGAAGCACUUGGAGUGCACCGCACCCCCUCCCCAUUCCUCACCGAUGCGAAAGCACCUCUUCGAUGAAGUGAAUUUAGGAGGCUGUCAGUUCGCCGCCGCCUCCUCUUCAUUGGGAGGAACCACAGAUCACCAGAGCCAUAGACCAGGCGAGGGCCCCACCAGUCGGCCUUGUUCACCUUUUUAAACCCCGCUCCUAACCACCCCACCACCCCCCAACACACACACACACACACACACGCACAGAUUCCUCACCCACAAUCCCCACGUCAUUGCCCUUCACAUCCCCUCUGUCCUCUUCACCUCGGCUCUUCACAGAUUUUGCUAAUAAAUUCACCAACAAGUUUGUGAAUGUCCUGUCCUGCAAAAGGCACCAGCCGACUCGAGAGUAACGUCAGGGGGCGGGAUGUGUAUCCCGCAAAUCCAACGCUGGCGACACAAGCCUCACUUCAUCUGCGGACUCUCAAAGAAUCUUGUGCUCUCACCGAUCUCCGAUUGUUCUUGGCAGAAAAAGCGAUUGGACCUUCCGAUGCUAUAAGUACUUUAAAAUUGCUUCACCCUGACCAGUAUAGCCCCUCACCCAGCAUGUAUGAUAUAAAUCCCUCUUUAUAUUUUAUACUGUACGUACGUACAAAUGUAAUUAUUUGUUUUUCUUUCAAGGGUUAUAGAUGUGCAAUCUCUAGUUUUGAUACAAUACUGCUUUAUGUACCACUAAGUAUAAGAGUGAUUAGAAAACCAAAGAUAGCUUCAUAUUGAAAUGGGCAAAAUAUGUCAUGCAUAACGUGUAUUUUUGUGGAAUUUUGGCUUUUUAUGUCUUCAAGUAACAGGGAAGUAAAUAGGGUGAAUAAGUGUGUGUACAGAACUUGUGCAGAAAGCUUUCAGGGAAGACACAGUAAUACACAAACGAAUGUAAGAAGCCAAGCAGCUCAACUGUGUUUGUAUUGUCACCCCUACAGUAGACUAUAGUAGCCUAGUCCAAGUUCAGUAACCCUAGUAACAAAAUUUACUUUAUGGUGAAUGGUGAAAAGACCAAUUUAUGCUCUUUUGAUUCAGACACUUGCAUGAUUUGCUUCAAAAAAAAAAAGUACCUUGGUGAAAAAAGGGGACAGUUGAACAGGUCCAUUUCAACUCAUAAAACCCGGUUUUAACGAAUUUUGCAGUUGGAUGUGAUUUAGCUGAAUGUCCAAUUCUGUUCCCUUGUAACUAUGUUUACAAAAAUAGAAAUGUACAUUUUCUUUCAUAUAAAUAAGAGACCUUUCUGUUGGACAGUAGUUCAGCCAGCAGUUGUGUUUUCUGAUUCUGUAAAAAAAAAAAAAAAUGAUACCCGCGGGAGAACAGGAGUCCUGUAGCUGUGUGUAGGAUCCUGUUGGAGAGUACUCGGAAUGCUGCGGGAGACAAACAGUUGGCGGAUUUACAGGAAGCCUUCGUUGAGGAAACGGAUUAUAUUUCAAACGUUCAGGCCUGUUGUUUAGGUUGGGUGGUCGGAAUUUGCCUAAGGAUGUCUUGAGUUCAAGAGCUCCUUCCUGUUUUUUUUGGGAGCCGGGACGCACAUACAUAUGAUCGAGCGUAGUAUGUUUUAUUACUGAGUUUAUGUACGUGAAAGUUCUAUUAACUGAGAUUACUAUUUGACAUUUUGCAUCACUGCAAGCCCUGCUGUUGAAACCAAAGACGAGUGAGAGACCUGUCUUGUCUGUUGAUCAGAUCACGGCCUUGGCAGCUAUGAACGGACAUCCUCUGACCCUGAAAAUCUUUCUCUAGCUGAAUUAAUGUUAAUGAAUGAAAUACCGUAGCUGUUACAUUAACCCAAAAAGGCUACCAUUCCAUUUGUAUUUCAGUCAAAAACCAUUUUAACAGUUUCACAAUCUCUGCCUGUUUGGCUUAGCUCUUUUGCAGUCGUUUUGGCUAAAAGGAAAUCAGUCGUGUAUUUUUUUUCAAUGUUUUAAGGUUUGUCUAAAUGCGGUGUAAGCGCUGCUUAGUAUUGCCCAUUUUAAAAUUUAUCGGCUUGUACCAGAAUUGAAUCAUCAACAUUGGCAAGCCCAGAAAAGGGAAGUAGAUGAGCGUGUCACGUCCUGUUUGUUAUAGAUAUCAUCUUUUCAUAUGGCUGUGCAAAGAGAAAGGAGCCUGCUGAGACACAGAUUCAGGCAGGCUGAUAAAUGUCCCAGAUCAGGUGGUCCCAAGGUCCCAGAUCAACCUGAAGUGUCUGGUUCUUUAGAGGCCCCUUUGUAAAAUUGGAUGUUAAAAUGCAAAAUGAGGGGAGUGUAUGUGCUAAUUCAUGUUCUCUCUCUUAAUCUCUUUCUCUCAUAUAGAUGUAUGUAGAGAGAGAGAAUAAUAAAUGUGAUUUUUUUUUUUAAAGAAAAUGACAGAUAUUUGUAAUAGACUCCCCAAUAACCCACUGUACUUCUUAGAUGGAUCUCAAUUUUGUUGAUACCGCUGUUACCAAAUGGUAAAAAAAAAAACCCUGAAAGUUCUCCAAUGUCAUGUGGUAAGCUAACAAAAUCAGGCUUAUCUGUGCAUAUUGAAUUAUGCCGUUUCCAAACAUCCAGCUGAAUGUCAAUGAAAUUCACAUUCUUCAGCUCUUCUCAUGCCACGUAAAAAGCAGGUUGCGUUUUAGCCAGUUUUCCUUUGACCUGCUCUAUUCCACGGAAGGCGUUGAAAACCAACACACCGGCGUCUUGCAGAACUGCAUUUUUCAGCAUUGUUUCUAAGCUUUGACCCAUGUGGCAAUCGGAAAUGUACAAAACCGCUAAACUUGUCUCGAUGUGGGUUUUUUUUUUUCUGGGUUGCGUAGUGUUUGAUCAGAGAGAGGGUUAGGGUUCUGAUUGAAUGCAGCCACACUUGGCUGCGUAGCUGAGAUGUUUAUUGUGAACGUGCCGUUGGUCAUUGUUUCAUUUUGAGCUAACCUUUCCCUGUUUUUCUCCAGGUAUAUUGAAUUAGCGUUAAUUAGGAGUCCACGGCACUGUUCUGUCAAGCAAAACUUGACCUUUUAAGUCCGUCGUUUGUAAUGAUUAGGUGGAGGGCAGUCCUGUUUUUGACUUCAUUCCAGCCUCUGCUCUGGACUGCAUUAGUAGCAUGUGCAAUCCCACAUGAGAUAGAAACGGAGCUUUAGCUACCCGGUCGCUAGUCCCACUUCAAAGCGCUUUAAUCGUGCACAGAGUUAUUGUUUCAUCUUGUUUUGUAUUUCUUAGACCAGAUGUUUUUUUUUAAUGUGUGAAAGUGCCUAGAUAUUGGUGAUAUGUGUUUCUUUUCAGCAACCCACAACCAUGUGGCUUGUAGCAGAGACACAAGAACAUCUUUUUCCCCCUCUCUGGGCCAUUUUGCCAACACCAUUGUCUCUCCAGGGUUUCUCUCAGGAUUGUAUGUAGUUGAUUCCGUUUAUGAGAAGACCAGAAAACGUUUGUCUCUAAAUCUUGCUCAUUUAAAUAAAAGUCCAGACUCCCUACCAGCAGCACUUACUUUAAACCCCGUAGUUUUAAGGCUUAUAAUGUGAUUUUGUGUUCUUUUUAUUGUGAACAGACGAAUGGGAAUCAAGCUUGACGCUACUCGUAAAUUCUUUGGAUCGUAGUUGUCUGUGCUUGUCAGAUCUGGAAUGAGAAUCUCUGAAAGGGUCGCUGACUCCUGUAGAAUGAUGCGUGCAGUUAUUGCUGUCAUGUCAUUUUGUCACACAGAGUUGCUCUUGGGUCACCCUGUGUAGAAUCUAUUGCCAAUUGACUUUACUCCCUUUUCCCCCAGAAAUAAAAACUGUUUCCACAAAGGUCCUCCUAUGGGAGACAAAAUGAAAGUGAAAGUUUCUGACCUGAAAGAAAGAUCUUCUCAGAGGCUUGGGCCAGAGCUGACCCAUGUGGGCCCAACCUGUACAAGGCAGUGGCAUUGCCUCCAGCUCCCAUAGAAAGCUAACGAAUGGUCCUUCUACUCUCUGAGAAACCAUUUCUCCAAUUUCAACAUAAUUUUUGGACACUGUUGAAAUGCCAAGGGGUGAGCUCAAAAGCAGCCGUUUUUAAUAGAUAAUAAUGACCAUCUGUUGUUGCAAAUCUCACUCGCCUCUGUUGUAGAUUUCACUGUCUGUCACAUGGGGUCAGGCCAUAGGCCAGGGAGGGGGGCGGCCAGCCUUGUUCCUGUAAAGCCACAGUUCUCUCGGCUUCUCAGAAUCAAAGGCUGAAUACCUUGAACCCGGGGCUAUGUUGAAUCUAGCACAGCUCAGUUCUAGGAGGGUCCAGGCGAUACCGCCCAGCAGACCGGACCAAGGUUUGCACCCCGACCUUCACGACAGACCGUUCGCUCCCUCCACGCAAACUCUAAGCAGCGGCAGCCGCCACACGCCGCCGAUGGACUUGAAUGUUUCGAUGACCAGGACAAUCCCUCUGCACCUGCUGGCUAAUUGCACUGAACAAUCAGUUCAUCAAUUUCUUUCAUGAAGUGCCUUUUUCAUGGUGUCGACUAUCUAAAAGCACUUUACAAAGAUUCAACUGAUGGCUGAAGCACGUAUGUAUCAUGUAUGUGUGGGCUUUCAUCUGAGAAGUCAAACGGGAACAGCAGUGUUGGUCACAAGGACGUGUUUUGCCGCAUUUUAUUCGCUGAGUUGUUCGGCCCCUACCCAUGUUAUGUCAUUGCCUUGUGUUUAGUUUUUUUUUUUGGCUCCUCCGCCUUUCGCGCUUAUCUUUUAACAGUUCAAGGUUAAAUUGUGUUCACCCACUAUCCUUUUUGUAAGUGUAUCCACAGUGUGCAAAAUAAAACUAUGUUUACUCCAUGUGUAUGAUUCGGUAGCAGUUUAUUCCAGAGAUCUCACCUUGAC